AUGGAAAUCGGAAGUUGUUCAACUCGCAAAUACGAAUGGAAAAGGGUGGUCAAGACGAGAUUUAGUACUGCUACAGCACCUUUAUCUAUUGGGUGGGAUGAAGUGUUACUUUCGCGGAGAUUAAAGGAUACCCUCAGAUCCAUUGGCACCCCCUACACUCACCCCAAAGCUGGCAGUCAGUUCAGAGCUAUUGAUCUUGACAACCCUGAUGGAUUAGAACAUUCCAAAGUUUGCUCUUCCGAACACUAUGACGGCAAAGACUUGAAUGAUUUGAUCUCUAGGCAAGUUUUUAUUUAUUUAACUGGAUGUGCUGGCAGCGCUCUAGGUACGAGGAUUGCCGCAUCAGAUACGCUCAAGCGCAAUUAUUCCACUCUCGAAAAGCCUGACACGAAGCGCAAGCUACCAGAGAAGAACUCCAAGGCAAGGGCCAGAGGUCUUAAGAAUCUCCCUCAGAAAGAAUCCAAGGUACCGCUAACACGUUCUACGCUCCCUCGUUCGAGAAAAUCUACAUCGUUCCGACCUAGUAUAUCGCGUCCACCAAAACUGCAGAGCUCACCUACAAUCCCUGGAAAAAGUCGCUUAGUAGAAAGCUCUAUGAAUAAGAACUUCACAAAAAAUCAUGGUCUAGGGAAUGACCAGUUACCAGUCGCUCAGUCAAACACAGUGGAGCCGGGCAUUCCGAAAAAGCAACAGAAUGCGAGUUGGUACGAAGUGAUCGAUCCUGAAUGGGCAUUAUAUAAGCCUACACUACUUCGAGCCAUAGUCUACGACAAACCUCAUCCAAUAGAGCAACCUGGCAAAUUGAAGAUGGUCCUCAGGGACGAUGAUUCGAUUACUAUCAAGUGGAACGAGUGA